GAUCAGCUUCAGGCGCACUGACGGAACAGGACUGCUUUUAAAUUUAGACUUUUAAGCUUUUUAAACGUUGUUUAAAGCUCCAACUCAGAGAAAAACUGUCUGCAGUUAUUUCUGAAUAUAUAUCAGUUUUUGCUUUAUUCCAGUGGUUUUUGUUUUCCGGUGUUUUUUGUUGCUUAUUAGACAAUAACACAGUCAUUUAUCCGCUUUUAAGCUCUUUUUGAGUCUUUGGCCUAUAAAAUUUUUCAUUUUUAAACUUUUUAAACUCCCGCAGACGUUAAAAAAAGAGGAAAGCUCUCAAGAAGCUGCCACGUUUCUGAAUUUAAAAACAGGCUGAAUUUCUUUAUCUUUCUCUUUUGGGGCGCUUAAAGACGCACGGUGCUCACCAUGUCACAGAUGCGCAGGCAACUCCUUGGCACCGCGGCCAGCGGAGUGGGCUGGGUGGGGGUGAUCGUGGCCACGGCCACCAACGACUGGGUCCGGACCUGCGACUACACCAAGGCCACCUGCGUCCGCAUGGACGAGCUGAGCUCCCGAGGCCUGUGGGCAGAGUGCGUCAUCUCCCCGUCCCUUCACCACUGCGUGGGCCUCACCCAGAUCCUCACACUGCCCGCCUACGUCCAGACAGCUCGUGCUCUGAUGAUCUGCGCCUGUUUGCUGGGUCUCCCCGCCACGCUCCUGAUCCUCAUGUCCAUGGCCUGCGUGCGGCUGCAGAACGACACCUCAGCUGUGAAGAAGCGCCGCGCCCGAGUGGGAGGCGUCCUCGUCAUCUUUAUGGCUGUGUGCAGCAUCAUAUCUACCGUCUGGUUCCCCAUCGGCGCUAAUAAAGAGGAAAAUCUGAUGUCAUUCGGCUUCUCUCUGUACUCCGGCUGGGUCGGCUCCGCCCUCUGCCUCCUAGGUGGCAUCAUCAUCUUGUGCUGCCAGGGCAUCGACCCCGGGACCCCGAGUAGGGACGACAGCUUCUACUACUCUGGGAACAGGGGGACGGCCACGCUCCUCGACCCCCCCGCCAACCACGCCAAGAGCGCCCGGGUGUGAAGGAACCAGGCGCUCUAUUUUUAACCAAGUUUUCUUUGAGUUUAAAGUCAUAUUCACCAUCGAUGACACAUGCCAUUAUCUGUUUACUGCUUCAAGACUAAAAUCCACCAUGAAAAUGAAUGUUAGCAGGAAAUGGAGGGAUUAAUAAUAAGCUCACAUUCAGAAAAUCUUUUGGCCUCAAUCUAGGGAAGUCUGGAGAAUCUGUGUAUGUCCCAAAAAUAUCUCAGAAUAGCAACAAAAAAAAAAGACAAAGUUUUAUUAUACUGAAUGAAAAAACAAGAACGGGAUAGAAAGCCAGGAAGACGAGCAAAACAAGUAGCAUCAAAACACAACAAUGUAAGACAAACACUCAGGGCAGACCCACACUGAGGACUAACUGGAGACUGAGAAAAGCUGGUAAACACGACACAGGUUAAAGCAAUCAAGACAUAUUCAAAAGGUGGGAAAGUAAAACUCAAACCAAGGCACAAAGUACAAAAGGAAAUAAAAAAACUGAGACAACAAAGCUCUCACUGAAUGAUACAAAGUAACACGAUGGAAGAAAGAACAAUCAGUCAAAACAGGAAUACACAAAUCCAAUUUACACAAAACAAUCUCAACUUCAAACUCUGGCAUUACAGGAAAAAACUAAACAAACUCAAAUAUACUGUUUCUAAACCAAUCACAUGACCAGCCCCCGAGGUCAUGACUGUGAUUGGUCUGUCAGUAGAAUUAACCACACGAACAUGGUUCGUGUAACCAU